AUGUUCCUUAAAUUCGAACCGAAAGAUGACCACGAACGAUGGCGAAACGAAGAACUACAGGGAGGCGAUGGCAUCGCCGCACGCAGAGAGCUGGAAGCAGGCGAUGGCGGAGGAAUUGGAGUCGAUGCCAACAACACUUGGACGUUGGCUGAUCUCCCUCCACGACGGAAAGCUGUAGGAUGCAAGUGGGUGUACAAGAUCAAGUAUGGCGUCGCCGGAAAGAUUGAACGAUUCAAGGCUCGCUUGGUGGCCCAAGGCUUUAGGCAGCAAUACGGAUCGCACUACGGCGAAGUGUUUGCUCCAGUGAUACAGCAAACUACCUUCCGGACGCUAAUGGCGGUUGCAGCGAAGAAAAACGUGGUGGUGAAGCAGUACGACGUCAAGACCGCGUUCCUGAAUGGCGGAGGAGGAGGAGGAGGUAUAUAA